UCAUCUGUGCUGAUGGGAAGCACUCGCCUUGUGACAUUUGGCACCGUUAAUCGCCUCCCUGAUGACGGUCUGUGAUGCUGCAAAUUGUAGGCUCCAGAUUGUGCUGCAAACGUCAUCUUUCCUGAGCCAGAAAGCACCAGAAAAAAAGACUUUUGACGAACAUGAUGACAGCUGACAAGGAGAAAAAGAGAGCAAUCAGCCGAGAAGCUGCCAGGAAAAGAAGGCGAGUGGAGACCGACGUUUUUGAGGAUUUAUCUCGCCUCUUACCCCUGCAGGCUUCUGUCCAAUCUCAGCUGGAUAAACCCUCCAUCAUCCGGCUCACUCUCAGCUACAUACGCAUGCAGACUCUGCUCAAAGAAAAUAUGAGGACUAGUGCUGGAGCCAGGGACACAGAGUGGGUCCAACAAGGACUGGAAGUAGGGGAGCAAUUUAAUGGAGGACAAAAUGUGGAGGAGAAGGAGCGCCAGGAGUUCAUGCAAUCAGAGGAGAUGAACAUGUAUCUGAGGGUCAUGGAAGGAUUCGUGAUGGUCUUGUCCACCGAGGGGGACAUGAUCUUCCUCUCUGACAACGUCAGCAAAUACAUGGGCUUGACUCAGACGGAGCUGAUGGGGCACAACAUUUUUGAGUACUCUCAUCCGUGUGAUCAUGAGGAAAUCAGACAUAACCUCCGUCUGACAGCAGAGGAUGUCUGGUGCAGCCAGAAAAGAGACUUUGUCAUGAGGAUAAAAAGCACUCUGACGCACAGAGGGAGGAGCGCUAACGUCAAAUCAGCCACGUGGAAGGUGCUGCACUGUCAGGGCAGAGCCAAGGUGUGCAUGGCCUCGUCUGCAGCGUCCUGCCUCCUCCUCACCUGCCGCCCUCUGCCCCUCUCACACACACUCCUCAGCACUCACACCUUCACCAGCCAGCACAGCAUGGACAUGAGGUUCACGUACUGCGACCAAAGAGUGGCUUCUCUUUUAGGCUAUAGACCCAACGAGCUGCUGGGUCGUUCCAUCUACGAUCUCUGUCACACACUGGACACAAACUGCCUGAACAAAAACCAUCUGAACUUGUGUUUGAAGAGCCAGUCCGUCAGUGGUCAGUACAGGAUGAUGGUGAAAGGUGGAGGUUAUGUCUGGGUUGAAAGUCACAGCGCCGUCAUCCCCAGCAGCCGGCCCUCCAGGUCCAGAUCCAUGGCUCACCAGCCCCUCUGCAUCCUGACUGUGACUUAUGUGCUUAGUGGGGUGGAGGAGCCUUCUCUACAGCUCUCUUUGGACCAAACCACUAACAAGUACUUGAGCUGAAAGUUUGAGCAUCCAUCUCCAUUCUCUAAGUGAAAGAAAGCUGUUUUGUCUCUUUUGUUUAAAUUUUUAAAUUUGUUUUUUCUCAAUUUACCACAUUAAAAUGUGUCUAUCUUCAAAGCA